AUGAAUAAUUCACGUUCAAUUUGGAAUGAAAAUCCGAUUAUUUAUAACACUAUCAAGCGAGUUUUUGCGUUUUCGAUAGCUAUAAUUUUUCCAUUCACUCAUUAUUGUGUGCUCACGAAGUCUCCGAAAAGUUUCGGGAUUUUGAAAUGGAUAAUUUAUUUUCAUUGCUGUUGCGUCACGUUUGAAUGGCUCAAUAACGCGUUUCUGAUUGAUAUCAUGAACUUCCAACCGACCGUACUGAUUCGAGUGGACGGAUUCUUAAACUCCCUGGUAGAUCCUGCAACUCUGUAUUUUAUGAACUUUUCUGUGGAAAACGUAGCAUGCACAUCAGCCCUGAUCUUGUUCACAAGUCGGUUGUUUAAGAUUUUCAACAUGUACCGAUCUCAUUGUUCCUGGCAACGAUAUUUUAGCGAAGGCCUAGUCUACUCGGCUGUUGCUGGAAUAGGGCUCUGGACUAUACCGACGACUGUUUGGGGUCUGCCAAAUCAGUAUACUGAGAAGCUGAGUAUUGUGUCUAGCGGAAAGUUCUAUCCCGACUGCUUAUGGGAUUCAACUGUGGUUGUAACAAGUGGGAGUGACUCGGAAAGUGAAAAUUUUGUUUCAAUUCUCAUAAUUUUGAACUCGAUAUCUAUUGGAAUAGUAAUAUUUGCGUCGGCAAAAGCCGCUUUUCAUUUUCUUGCAAAGCGGAUGGAAGCGCAAAACGCGUCUGUAACUACAAGGAGGAUGCACCAGAAGUUCAAUGAGCGGACUAUUUUUCAGGCAACACUUUAUCUCUCCUUUAUGUGCAUUCCAUUUAUCAUGAUCUACAUCACUCUUCUUCUCAACGUUAGAAUCCAAGGACUCGCAUAUUUUAUAGACUUUGCGUUUGAAAAUCGUCCGGUGGCUUGUAUCAUCUCGUUUUUUUUGUAUUAUGAUCCUUAUCGGAAUUAUUUGCUGGAAGUUGUACGAUAUAAGUCGAGACGUAGAGUGAUCAAUAGUUCAACCGCUGUUGCCAUUACUUCUUCUUGAUUUCUACGUUUUUUUAUUCAAAAAUAAAGUUUUUGCAU